AUGUUAGUCCAGAAGAUAUGGGCACUUAGCUUCCGCAGAAAUGGCCGAACAAAAUACGCAUACGAGAUGCUUCAUCUAAUUCAUAAUUUAAACCACGUUUGGCCAGAGGAAAUCCGAAAUAUUGUUUUGAAAAACUGGUUGGUGAAUCCAUCCGGUCUGCCAAACCGCAAUAUUGAGAUGGACCUCGCACAAGAGCACCUCAAUUUCAAGAUCAAAAUUUCCUAUAAAGCUCGGGGGUCAAACGCAUCAUGGGAAUGGCUCGAAACCAUUUCACCCUGUGUUGUCGUACUUGGUGAUCUGCAGAAGACCUUGAACGACACUCUUGGAGGCGACCAGGGCACAAAACAUGCACCACCAGAUCUUAAAGAUGAUAUUGAAAGUCUGAUGAGCAGCCUCGACGAGCAUAAAGUAUAUCAAAUCCAAAAAGGGCGAAUGGUAAAGGAAGAAGAAGUUGUAAAAGACGUUGUGGGAGUGGGGUUACAAAACCUAACGGCGGGUGAAAAGAAUCCGUUAAAUGAGUAUAAUGCGGCCUUCAAAAGGCUUCAAAGACGGCGGAAGAUGAAACCAGUAUCACUCGCUGCUCUCGAAGGACACUCUGAACAGGCCGCCACAGCACAUAUCCCAACACAGCCUCCACCCGCAUCCCCAGUUACAUCUCCAAUUCCUUUAAUUCCAGCUGCUGAGGGGGACGAGGAAGAAUUCGAGGAAGGGCCAGCCUCAAACGAAACAAGCGAGAUUGACAAAAUUCUUGAAGACAUUGAGAACGGCGUGGCAGAUGAAACCUUACCGCGGUUGACUGAGGAUGAUGUGGUGCUUGAUAUGGACGAGAUUAUGGUUGAAGAUGAAGAAUUUGUCGAUACAGAUGAGUCGGAUAGUGACGAGGGUGAAGACGAUGUUGGCUGGAUGGACGACGAGGAACGGGAGUGA